AUGGAAGGCAAAUCAUUAUCCUUUUCUGUUAGCUAGAAAUAUAUGGAUAUUUUAGUGUUAAUCUUUUUUGAUUAAGGAUUGCUUUAGGAUUAUCGUAGUUUAAAGUUAUGGUGAAGAUUUUUAAUGAUGAAUUUAUUUGAUGGAAAGAAGCUGAAGAACUUUUAAAAGAAAAUUUUUUAAAGGGUUCUUAAAUUGAUUGUUUGUGAUGCUAGUGAAAAUGGUUGUAAUUUCUGAAAAGGGCAUUAUUGGAUCUAUUUGUUUGAAGAUGAAAUUCUUCUCCAUUUCCAUCCUUUUAUAUUAUUUUUGUUGUCGAGGUGGAGCAUUGACGUAACUGAUAAAGUUACUAUCAUGUGAUUAGAAGGUUACCGCAGAUAGUAAAAGCAAUCAUUUACAAAAAUUGAAGGAAAUUUGCUUCAAUGAAUUUCUUUUAUUUUCUAUAAUUGAAAGGAAAAAAAUGAGAAUAAAUAUGGUGGAAAAUAAGAGUAUGAAGAUGGUGGAAGGAAAAGGUGAUAGUGGAUUGGAAAAUUAAAAAAAAUGUUGAAUUUUUUGAAAUAAUACUAUAAAAUAAAUUAAUUAAUAUGAUGCGUAAUAGAAAAUUUGAUGUGGAUAAAGACGUUCCAUUCAUGUCAGAAUGUCGCAGGAGCUUGCACACGAGGUGAAGAGUGCUUAAAAUCAUUUGAUUGAAUAUGUGCCAUGUGCUUAAAUGAAACUUUAAAAAGUAUAAGGAUUGAAAUGAUAAAAUGAAACAAAUACAAGAAGCUUUCGAACUAUUCUUUCUUUAUUUUAUUAUUUUUUAACUUCUAACUCACUUAUAUAUUGUUCCUAUUUGUCCCCUCUUUUUCCUUCUUUUCCAUAAACCCCCCAUCUUCUUCCUAACUCCAUAUAACACAACACACAGUACAACAAACUCUUACACAAAUAAUAAUGGCAUCAGAAUUUGAGAAGAACAGUACCAAUAUGUAUGUAGAACAAUCACCACAAGGACUAGAAAAUGGACAAGUUCAGAAAAAUGUUGAUGAUGAUGGGCGUGAGAAAAGAACAGGGACGGUGCUGACGGCAAGUGCACAUAUUAUAACAGCUGUGAUAGGGUCAGGGGUACUAUCACUUGCAUGGGCAAUGGCUCAGCUAGGGUGGGUGGCUGGUAUUGUUAUUCUCUUCCUCUUUUCUUUCAUCACUUAUUUCACUUCAACGUUGCUCGCCGAUUGUUAUCGCUCUCCUGGCCCUGUCGCCGGCAAGAGAAACUAUAGUUACAUGGAGGUUGUCCGCUCUCACUUAGGAGGAAUUAAGGUGCAACUAUGUGGAAUAUCCCAAUAUGGUAACCUAGUGGGAAUUACCAUUGGAUACACAAUUACUGCCUCAAUCAGUAUGGUGGCAGUAGUAAGGUCAAACUGUUUCCACAAGAAGGGGCACCAAGCUAAUUGCACAGUAUCCAAUUACCCAUAUAUGGCUGUUUUUGCUGUGCUACAAAUAAUACUAAGCCAAAUACCAAAUUUCCAUAAGCUAUCAUGGCUAUCAAUUCUUGCAGCAGUUAUGUCUUUUGCUUACUCUCUUAUUGGGCUUGGACUUUCCAUAGCCAAAGUUGCAGGUGUAGGGCAUCAUGUAAAGACAAGCCUAACUGGGACAAAAGCAAGGGUGGACGUGUCAGAAGCACAGAAAGUUUGGAGAGGUUUACAAGCUAUUGGAGAUAUUGCCUUUGCUUAUGCUUUUGCCACCAUUCUCAUUGAAAUACAGGACACAUUGAGAUCACCACCAGCAGAGAACAAAGCAAUGAAAAGAGCAUCACUUGUUGGAGUUUUUACCACAACUUUAUUUUAUGUGUUAUGUGGUACCAUAGGCUAUGCAGCCUUUGGUAACAAUGCUCCUGGGAAUUUCCUCACUGGAUUUGGUUUCUAUGAACCUUUUUGGCUAAUCGAUAUUGCUAACGUUUGCAUCGCCAUCCACCUGAUCGGAGCUUACCAGGUUUUCUGCCAACCAAUAUAUGGUUUUGUGGAGGGUCGUUGUAAUGAAAAAUGGCCCAACAGCAAAUUCAUAACCACCCAACAUGCCAUAAACAUCCCAUGGUUUGGUGUUUACAAUGCUAACUAUUUCAGGAUGUUGUGGAGGACAGCAUAUGUUAUAGUAACAGCAGUAAUUGCUAUGAUAUUCCCAUUCUUCAAUGCAAUCUUGGGAUUAAUUGGGGCAGCUUCUUUUUAUCCAUUAACUGUUUAUUUCCCUAUAGAAAUGCACAUUGCUCAGAAGAAAAUUCCAAAAUUUUCUUUCACUUGGAUAUGGUUGCAAAUAUUGAGUUGGGCUUGCUUGAUUGUAUCACUUGUUGCUGCUACUGGAUCCAUAGAAGGCCUUAUACAAGAUGUCAAGGAAUAUAAGCCCUUUAAACCUCAAGAACAUGAAUGAGUUUGAAGUAUAAGUUUUUGAUGAUCAUAACUAUGUAUGUAGUAGUAGCAAUAGUAAUAUUUUCAUCAAUAAGUUUGUUGAAAUUCAAUGGUUAUAUGUAACUCCUACAAAUUUUGUACUACAAAUGUUUUACGAAUUCUACAUGCACUGACAAAA